AUGGUCAGGCCUCAAUUAACGCAGCCGCCGCAGUAUGGGCGUAAACGAGCCCUGUUGUGUGGCAUUACUUACAAAGGCCACAGCAGAAGCCUUAAGGGCAGCGUGAACGAUGUCUUGUACAUGAAAAACCUCUUGCUCCACACCUUUGCAUUCCCAUCUUCCUCUAUUCUUGUGCUCACAGAAGAAGAGAAGCAUCCUUCUUUUAUCCCGACAAAGAAGAACAUUCGGGCCGCCAUGCAGUGGCUUGUCCAGAGCUGCCGCCCAGGGGACUCACUGGUGUUCCACUAUUCGGGCCACGCCUCACAAGUGAGGGACCGAGACUGGGACGAGGUCGAUGGGUUUGACGAGUCGUUGCUUCCAGUUGACUACGAGACAGAGGGAAGGAUUCUGGACGACGAGAUCAAUGCAACCAUCGUGAGGCCACUGCCAAGUGGGGCCACACUUCAUUCCAUAGUCGACACCUGCUUUUCCGGCACGCUAAUGGAUCUCCCUAACAUCUGCAGGAUGAACAGGGAUGGAUAUUAUAAAUGGGAGGAUCACCGUACUCUGCAUGCAUACAAAGGGACGAGCGGCGGUUAUGCAAUCUGUAUCAGUGCAUGUGAUGAUUAUCAGAACUCAGGGGAUACUACAGCCUUUACAGGUGCUCAUGUGGGUGCACUAACUUAUAGCUUUUACCAAACUUUGAGAGAACAACCUCGAUUAACUUACGCUCAGCUGCUUAGUAUCAUGCACAAGAAGAUAGAUGCUGCACGACAAGAAGUUGGCUUGACUAGCAACGAGCCCCACAAAUCCCAGGAGCCGCUACUUUCAUCUUCUCACAAGUUUGACAUUCACUCAAAGGCCUUCACUUUAUAA